AUGCAGCAUGACUUGAAUGCCUCGAGUACAUCUUCGCCAGCAGGCAACGGCAACGGCAACGUAUUUCUUUCGUCACCGCCUCAGGUAGGGCGGAAGAGAAAGGCUCCCUCUGCUGGUUCCCGAGGCGUCGCGAGCCUCACUCCUGAACAACUCGCCAAAAAACGCGCAAACGACCGCGAAGCACAGCGGGCGAUAAGAGAACGGACCAAGCAGCAAAUUGAGACGCUCGAGCGGAGGAUUCAAGAGUUGACUUCACAGCAACCAUACCAAGAGUUACAGGCGGUCAUCAGACAGAAAGAUGCGAUACAGGCGGAGAACGAUGAGAUCAGAAGGCGCCUUGCCUCGGUCAUGUCAAUCAUCCAGCCCAUCGUUGGAGCCCAAGGAUUGACAGGUAGUGAUUGCCCAAGUACCAAGAGACCAGACGUUGUUGACAAGUUUAACGCAGACCUUGCAACGGCGGCGCAACACAAUGUCCAGGCCGCGCUCGGUCAGCAGCCAGAAGCCUUUCAUCCCAGCAACAUGCCCGCUUCGGAUCCCUACUUAACCAGCCAACAGGGCACGCGGCAAUUCACGACGUCUCCGAAUGUAUCUCAUGGCCAGAUGGACAACUCGGCGUAUCCCUCGCCAUUUACCCAAGAAGAGCAAGGCAGUGAAAACAACCGAUUGUGGCCAGCAUCAUCACGAGAUGCUCUCGCGAACCAGCGGGACAAUCUCCAGCGCGGACUUGAACUGAACGAUUCUGGAGAGCGUCUCUCGUUCAACUUUUUACUGGAUAGUCUGGGCCAGAGAACGUUGAAUCCAUCUGCGCAACAGACAACUUCGCCGACACACCUUACCGCUGCCUACCCAGGCCCCGUUUCUAUGGUUCCUGAUGGCCAGGUUCAGACACCGUGGACGACACUUCCCAAAAACGUGGCACCAACAUGUCCUCUCGAUGGACUCCUUCUCAAUUUCCUUCACGCCCGUCAACGCGACAAUACAAAUUCUGAUACAGUCCUCAAUCCCAGUCACCCCUCUAUGACCUCGCUGCUCAACCCUUCGGGCGACCACCGGGCCGACCCUGUAUCACGACUGAUGGCAGACAUCAUCUCCAAGUUCCCCAAUAUCUCUGAACUUCCCGAGCGAGUAGGAACGCUUUUCCUGAUGUUCGUGCUGAUGCGGUGGGAGAUCAACCCUACGCAAGAAAACUACGAGCAGAUGCCUGAAUGGAUGCGUCCGAUUCCAGCACAGCUAUUCACUCCUCAUCCAGCUUGGAUAGACCACCUGCCCUGGCCGCGCAUGCGGGAGAGAGUGCUUAUGAACUACCAAGAUUACCCGUUUGAAAAUUGGUUUAUUCCAUUCACGUCGGAUUUGAAUGUGAAUUGGCCUUAUGAUGAUACGGACUGUCUCUUGGCGUCUACGUCUGAAAAUGGAGAGCCUUGUAUGAACCCGGUGUUUGAAAGACACAUACGACGACUUGAAAAUUGGUCAGUCGGGUCGAACUUUGCAGCUGCAUUUCCAGGACUGGUAGACACGACGAGACUUAAUCUUGUGAAUAGGAAGGAUGGUAAAGUGACUGGGAAAAAGGCGUGA